AUGGUAUCAAUGGUAACCGAUAUCGUAUUGCUUUUGAUACCACUGCCUUUGGUCUUCCCUCUAAAAUUUUCCUUUUGGAAAAAGGUCAGAAUUUUCUUAUCGCUUACAACCGGUGGAGUGGCAGCCGGAGUUACCACAUACAAAGCAGUCGUUGUCUUUGAAGAGCGGGUAACGACAGAUAAAACAUUCAACUUGGGCGUCUUAGCGAUGCUAAGACCGAGAACAGGCUUCAGUCAAAAGAAGAAGAAGAAGAAGAGGCAUCAUUUUUACAGCCAUGUUCUGUCUAGGCUGAAGACAGAGGUGGUCACUGGCAUCACUUUAUCGACGUUUGACACUGAGCUGGCAGACAUAUCGGGGCGGCCGACACCCCCUGAAAAGGCUGUGGUACAGGGCAAUAAGGAAACCGGCCGUUGCUUGCGACUGGACGCGAGACGCGGAAGAGACGAAGGUUGGCUGGUACCAGUCGAAGACCUGAAUGUCCGUGAAGGAAUCGUACCCUUGACAAUAUCAAAUUCAACCUUUUCACUCAGGGACAUGAACCAUGUUCAGUGGCAUGGCACGGCAAUGAGUGCCCAUCGUUGUCACUUUGAGAGCACCGACAACAGUGGGGAUGGUUUCGGACAAUGCCUGUUUCCAUCUGGCAAAAUCAGAUAUGAUCCCCCUGUAUCAGAAGAAUACGACGGUAUCUUCACUUAUCGCCAGCCCUUGCUCAACUGUUAUCGUGGUGCCGGGCCGUUCGCGAGCCAUGAGCAGAACAGACCCCGUGGCGACUUCGUGAUGGCGACUUCUAAAUUUCGAGAAUACUUCAAAGCGGAGUAUCAGCCUGGCGAGCGGCUGCUGGUGCAGAAGGUUGAUUUCUUCAUCCUUACGUUCUGCUGUCUGAGCUACUUCAUGAACUAUCUCGAUCGCUCCAACCUCGCAAAUGCCUACGUAUCGGGCAUGAAGGAGGAGCUGGACUUCGUCGGCAACCAAUACAAUCAGAUCAACACGUGCUUCACCGUGGGCUACGUCCUCGGCCAGAUCCCAUCCAACUUGUCGCUGCACUAUGUCCGCCCCCGGGUUUUCUUUCCUUCUAUGAUGGUUGUAUGGGCCGGGUUGACAAUGGUCACCUCCUCUGUGCACGACCCUCGUUCGAUCAUGGCGAUUCGAUUCUUCCAAGGGAUUGUCGAGGCCAGUACUUUCGUUGGUACCCAUUACAUCCUCGGUGCUUGGUAUACCGAGCGAGAACUUGGGAAACGAAGCGGCAUCUUUACAGCAUCGGGCCUAGCUGGAACCCUAAUCGGGGGUUUCAUCCAAACAGGAAUCCAUGAGAGUAUGGAUGGGCUCCGUGGACUAAGCGGUUGGCGAUGGCUAUUCAUAAUCGACGGUCUAUUGACUCUGCCUGUCGCCUUAUAUGGCUUCUUGGUAUUCCCAGACACGCCGGCUACGACAAAAGCCUUCUACCUUAGCGAGAGCGAAAGAGCUCUGGCGCAAGCCCGCGUCCCAGAGGUACAAGACCGCAGCCCUAUGACUUGGAGAUUUGCAGGAAGAGUCCUCACGUCUUGGUACUGGUGGGGCUUCGUCGUACUCUGGAUCAUCGCAGGCGAGACAGAAUCCUUCAGCACCAACUCAUUGCUGGCUCUAUACAUGAAAAGUCACCCGACGAACAAUUACACAGUGGCUCAGCUGAACAACUAUCCCACUGGUGUACCAGCCAUCGGGAUUGUAUCCACGCUGUUCUGGGCAACAUUGACCGAUUUCUUGAACGGAAAAAGGUAUCUCGUUGGCUACUUCAUCGGCAUCACAGGCAUCGUGACAUCUGCAAUGAUCCUCGAAGCAGCCAAAGACCCGAUGAGCUCUAGAUCAACAGCCGUAGUCUUCGGCGCAUAUUACUGGGCCGGUGUGGUCUAUGCGUGUCAAGCAACUUUCUUCGCGUGGUGCAACGACGCCAUGAGAUAUGAGGAGCCCGUGUUCCGCGGUGUGGUUCUCGCUGGCAUGAACCUGGGCAGUAACUCUGUCAAUGCUUGGUGGUCUAUCAUAUUCUAUGGUGCGUCCAUGGCGCCGUGGUUCAAUCACGGUAUGUGGGCUAUGAUCGCUGUCUCUAUAGCACUUGCGAUCUGGUGCGCCGGAUUGUCCUGGUUCCACCACAGAGACGAUCUCAGGAGGAGAGUCGAAGGUGUCGGUCAAGACGCAGGCAGCAGACAAAAUGUGGAAGUCAUCACAUGA